CACGAGCAAACAAUCAAGUUGAAUACAAGUUGCCGCUACCAAAACCCACGCUCAAUUUGCUCACUCCGCCAACUCCAACACCCAAACAUGUUUAUGAACAAACAAACAUCCUAACAAUAUCCCACACCCACUUCUCUAUCUCUCCACCCUUUCUCUUCAACUAUGACCCGCUUCUGUCCCAAUUCUCUUCAUCUUCAAUUCCUCCAACAACCUUAGCCUCCCAUCCCAUCCACACUUGAACAUCCAAUUCUGAUAUUCCCCCAAAAAAAAAAAAAAAAAUUCAUUCAUUUGAUUCUUUGGCUUUGAUUAGUUCUUGGGAGCUAAACUCUGCGUUCUGGGUCUUGUUCAAAUUCUGGUUUUAGGUGCUAUGGCGCUUGAGUCUUCAAUUCUAAGCCCGCCCAGAUUCAUUUCUGGUUCGAAAUCAUUGGGUUUCUUAUAUUACCAUAAGCAGAAGAAUUUCCCCACCAAUGUUUCGGUGCAAAGUAAUCGAUACCCAUUUCGAUUGGUGUCGAAUUGCAUUGGCAAUAGCGAUUUUCGGAGGUUCUUAGGUCCAAGAUGCGAGGGAGUCGACUUGUUUGCUAAUAGAGCUCGUUUGAGAGCUGUAGGUAAAGAUAGUGAGAGUUCUAGUGUUACAAAUGCUGUUUCGGGUUCGAGUUUUGAUUUUGUUAGGGUAAUGGUGAAGUGUGGAGUUGUUUUAGUAGCUAUGGUUUGUCGGGUUUUGGUGUAUGGGUCUAGGAGAGCUUUUGCUGUGGAGGGUGUGGUCAAUGCAAGCUAUGGGGUUGUUGACAAGUGCAUAUUGAUGUUCAGAAAUGCUUGGCCGAAGACGCUGCUGCUUCUUCAGGUUUUUAAAGAGCAGGGUUUGAUUUUGGCGGCGCUUUUGGGUCUCUCGGCUUUUUUCUCAAUGGCAGAGACUUCGAUUACCACGCUAUGGCCUUGGAAGGUGCGUGAGUUGGCUGAGAAAGAGCCUGAAAAUGGUGUCUUCAGAUUGCUUCGCAAUGAUGUGACUCGGUUCUUGACAACCAUACUUAUUGGCACAACUGUUGUCAAUAUUGGAGCAACUGCUUUAGUUACAGAGGCUGCAACAGCGAUAUUUGGUGAAGCUGGUGUUAGUGCAGCAACUGGAGUAAUGACUGUUCUUAUUUUGCUCCUCACCGAAAUAACUCCCAAAAGUGUUGCUGUUCACAAUCCCACAGAAGUUGCUAGGUUUGUGAGGACCACCAAACUGAUUGAAGGAGAGGUCAAUGAUUCGCAGCUUUCGGAAGGGAACACUUGUUUCUGGACUGCCAAUUGGACCAUACAGUCUGUUAGAUCUCAAGAUGAGAACCUGUAACUCCGGAAGAGACUCCAACCAAUUCGGAAAAGUAUCGUUUAUCUUGUUGUCUCCCAAGUCUAGAACUUCCAUCUUUCUGCAAUUGACUAGAGACUGUGGCAGAGUCCCUUCCAACUGAUUUCCAUGAAUGUUAAGAUUCCUCAA